AUGCGAAAAUUGCCACUACUUUCGUGCUUGUGUAUCUAUCUUUUGAAAGGAGCCAGUGCAAAUGAUCGCACCACUUUAAAUGAGUACGAACAAGCUAUAUCACAACUAAAUCAAAUAAGUGACACUUAUGAAAAGAAGUUCAUUUACUCUGCAGAUGACAUAGAGAACAAUUUGAAAAUACCAGCAUACGACCCAGUGAAGAAACAAUUCAAGCAGAAGAGGCACCACCAAUUGCAGCCACCACCGCAACUCACGGGUGAGGUGAUACCACUACUAGAGGCAGCCGCCUCGAAAAACAACUCCAAAGCUCUAAUAACACUAGGUGACUUGUAUUUAUUUGGAAACUAUUCACUACCUACUGAUUAUCAAAGAGCUAAAGCCUAUUACGAAAGAGCAGUGGAAGUUUGGCCAGACGCACACGCAUACUUUAUGUUGGGUUUCAUCCACUCGACGGGACUUUUUGGUGAGUUUCCAAUUGAUCAGAAACGUGCAAGCUUGUUUUAUCAAGUAUCAGCGGAAAAUGGAGACAUGAAUGCAUUACAAGUGGUCGCAUAUCGACACUUGAAAGGUGUAGGUGUACCGUCCAAUUGUGAGUUGGCAUUACCAUAUUAUUCCAAACUACUGAAGAUGGGAUACGAUCAAGUACAGAACUCGGUGCCCAAGAUUGACUACAAUAUCAGAAUAUCAGACUUUAACGGUGGUCUAUUUGGAGAAAAAUUGAGCGAAACUUCGUCAUCCGUGGAACUACCAUCAAGGAUGUAUGCUGAUAUUAGAGCACAAAUUGAAGAACACAAAAUAAAUGCCAAUGAUCGCGGGCUUGUGUCAUACUAUUAUAAUGGUCUUGAGUAUUUGAAAGGUGACUACUUUAAUGAGAAAGAUUUGCCAAGAGCGUUUAGAGAAUUUCAAAAAUGCGCAUCUUUAGGUGAGGAACUUUACGAGGCUAGGGAGUACCAAAAUGCCGACGGCCUAGAUCGAUUUUUUCUAAGCUCUUGUCAAGUGAAUUUGGGCCGCAUGUAUUUGGAAGGGUUGUCGGCGAAGGAAGAUCCCCUUAGAGCACGAUAUCUUUUUGAAACAUCCUUGAAAGUGAAAGUCACAGCAGAAGCACUCAAUUACCUUGGGUUUAUAGAAGAGCACGGGCUAGUUGGUGGGGCAAAUAUAACGAAAGCGAUCGAGUACUAUUCCGCAGCAGCAAAGAAAAAAGGGGGAAUAGCCUCCAAAAAUUUGGCAAAAUUAUUUAUGAAAAUAAAUGCAACCGACUUUGUUGAGUCAAACGAGAAUAGUGCAUUAAUUUACAAACACAUGCUACAAGCAGCAUUUCAUGGAAGCACCGAAGCGUUGUACCAUGUGGGGACUUUUUUUGAAUCGGGAUUGUCACAAUUGGUGGAGCCAAACGAGAAAGUCACAUGUGCAAAGACUACUUUAUAUUACAGAGAGUAUAUGAAAAGACUAACAUCCUUUUAUGCACCCCAUUUGAAGUAUGCAUUCGAAGAGCUUGCAAGUGGAAACUUUAAAAAUGCUUUGGUUGGGUAUCUGAUUGCCGCUGAACAAGGUUUUGAGCAAGCACAAGUAUCAACAGCGUACUUAUUAUACCAAUUACAGCCAUUGUACUCCACUGAAGAGACUAAAACGUUCACGUUAGACAGAGUAAACUUGGCAGUGCAGUAUCUUGAAAGGGCAUCAAAACAGAAAAAUAUCGAUGCUACAAUUCUCUUGGGUGACAUGUUCAUGGGCCAGGACAAUCAUGCACAAAUCGAGCCAGAUUAUGCAAGGGCGUUCAACUACUAUAGAAUUGCAGCCGACCUACAUUCAUCGCAUGGAGCAUUCAAGCUAGCAGAGAUGUACGAGUAUGGUCUUGGCCCCGAAAAUCAUUCAGUUGACUAUUUCUUGGCCAAAAAAUACUAUGACCAAAGUUUGCAAUACAAAGAAAAAUCGGAUUUGGAUCGGCUUUCAUCACAUUUGAAACUGGCAUACAGCAGCGCUCAUAUAAAUUGGGCGCUUCUACGUUUGAGAUUCAAGCUCCUUUUCAAUAGCGGUGGCGCCAGUACCCACAUGGACGAGCAACUGGUGGGAUGGUUUAGUGUCUUGAAAUCAUUGGGUACAAAGACAGCUAGUGGACAACAGGCUGCACUGGAAACGGAAGCACUAAACAAGGCAGAUGCGCAUCAUUACGGCACUUCUUACGAGACAGAGUUUGUCGAAAAUUACGACAUUGGAGACUAUUUGGUGAUCUCGUUGACAUUCAUGUUUUUUCUCUUCUUUUUUGUUCAGAAUAUCAUUCGACAAGUGAGGCGAAUGCGCAAUGGAAACCAAGAGAGACGAAAUGAGCCUGAGGAGGUAAGAGAGGGAGCGCGUUGGAAUGGGAAUCAGUUCCAUUUUAGAAGAGGAAACUUUGAAUUUCAUUUCUUUGCAAUAUAG